AUGUCAAACAACGCUGGCUAUAUCGUCAAAGUUUCGAGAAACACUCCACCAGCGAGCGAUGAGCACUCCAAACGAGCCCUAAAAGAUCAGGAUCAGGAAGUGGACCAGCAGACACGUACCCAGGGGAAACUAGGCACAGAUCUGCAAUACCAGCCAGGUCUGAGUGGGAAUGAACCUGCAGCAUCAUAUGUUGAUGGGAAACAAAGUCAGAUCGAUGGGAUCAUUGCUCACGAUCAUACAUCCACGACUCGAAAUGCAACACACACCCACGACCACCACCAUGUUACGUCAGGGCAUCAAGUUGAUGACACCACCCCUCUAAAUGUGAUUCAAACCGUAAAAGAGAGCUUUUAUGCGCUGGAUGGUAUUGCAAGUGGCCAAAAUGAUCUACUUGCCGUCGAUGGGUGUCACAAUCACCUUGACACCAUAUCAGGCGGCCAGGUCCAAGACGAUGCUGCUCCGGCUAAGAUGCAGACACUACAUGACAAUACAUGUGUGCUUGUUGGUGGUUGUAGUGGCCAGCCAGCAUCUCAGGCUGACGGAACGCGCGAACACAUUGAGACCUCACCAAGCGUUAACGAUCUUAACAAUGCUGCUCCCGCGAUACUGACCACCUUUCAAGAUCAAGCAUAUGCCUUAGUUGGAGCAUCAAGUGGCUUGACCACACCACAGGCUCACCGGAACCUCAAUCACCAAAAGACACUUCCAGACAUCCACAGCAAUGUCAACAAUAACCCUAGUAUGGUGGCUACUUUGCAGGAUCAGGCCUAUGCACUGAUCCAAGGCCCGGUGGAGGUCUUUAGGAAAGAUUGUAACGCAGACAGCCACGAGCUAGCGUACGAUGUACCGAAGACCCGAGGUGCUAUCCAGACAGAUUACCCUAGUGGCAGAAAUGCUCAAGUUGCGAGAGACAUUGGUUGGCAUAAAGCUAACGUAGAGAUACCCGAUCCGUUGAUUGGCGGUUACACAAACGAAGAGCUUUUUGCAUUCCUCAGACGCUUCAACAAGGAUGUCUUCGAUGUCAAAGCCGUGCCCAUUGGAAUUGCAAGUGGCCUCGACCUCAAUGAUGCGUGGUCUCAAGAUCAUACCACGGAUAAAGUAUCACUGCACCUACAACGCGUUUAUUUGACCAUGAUUCUUGGCAUCGCAAGUCUUGGCAAGCAUGUCUCGCGGCUUCGUUCCUGGAAGGAGACCCGCCGUACAUCAGCAUUUUGUGCGAUCUACUUUUCUGCAUGGCUAUUUGAUCUGUUAGCGCCGCUUGUUCUUGGAACAUUGAUUCUAUUGGUGUCUUCUGUAGAAGCUCGCAACGCACUCUUUCCGCCAGCACCUCGUGCUCUGGUGAACAUCAGGACAGGCGGGAUCCAGAAACCGCAAGCAGGUCAGCUAGGUACUAAUGAUACACUCACUGGUGCACCGGAAAAGCAACCGUAUGAAGCUAUCGAGGAGGAAGCAGCCAAUUUCGUUGACAACGUCAGGCACAACAUUCAAAGGGCUGUCGGUAUGCAUAAUAACUCUCAACGGGAUGGAGAUCCGCUAGAAGGAAAGGUUCCCAAGCCUAUCAGGGCAGCAGUAAAAGCUGUUCAAGGUGCAGGUUCCGCACCAGGGCAUGUCACUAAGAGUACCGAUCAAACUCAACAGCCGAUGGAAGAGAUUAUAUGGGCUGGAGUUAAUCCAGAAAGUAUUACCAGAGUCCUUGACACAGCGCCACAUGUGAUCGGAGAGAUAGCUGAUAAUUGGGAGAGAGUUGCGAACGCACUUUCACCAACCCCACCAUUUUCUCGUUUUGCCUUUCUUAGAAUCAAUGCUGUUCUAGCAACUUUAUUUCUCGUAUCAAUUUUCAUUAACUAUUACAUGGUCUACAAGGGGACAGGGUGUGCCAUUGGAUUCGUCAUUUUUGGCGAUCCAAUGCUGACGCCUGCGAUAGCGUGGCUCAAACAAAAUAUGCCUUAUUACAUGGACCUUGCACAGCCCAAGAACAAUGUUCUUCGGGGCGUUCCCACAAACACGCAGAUCGCAAUCACCCUUCUCCGCAUCGGCGAAGCACACAAUACGCCUCUUCCUCCUGUACCCACGUCCAUGCCCGUUGAUCCGGAUCGUCCAAAUCUUAUUCAUGCUGAAGACAUCCCUCUCGAUGCUACCCAACCCGAAGUCCUUGACGCUGUCAUGCCUUCAGCUGCUGAGAAGGCUCAUAGUGACGACAGUGAAGAGCAGCCAAAACACAAACAUCUCUCCAAGUUCAUUCGUCUUUUCAAAGGCCAUGCCAAAUCUGUCGUUGAGACGAAACUUGCAACUGAUCACGUCCGGGCCGCAACUGGCUCGCAGAAGGCAAAAGGUCAUUUAGGCGUACUGCCUAAGACGAAAAGUAUCGUCUAUGCCGGGCCAAGCGAGUACAAAUGCCGAUUCGAGGGAAAGAGUGGCUGGGCAGUCAUCACAGAGUCUGCUGGUCCGAUUCUGUUCUUCACACGCGAUGACCCAAGACCGAGGAGCUCUAAAAAGCUCAAGCCAGCAUUUGAAAUUGCCGUGAAGGAUAUGAAGCGACUGAAGAGGACAACAGCCUUUGUAAAUACGGCAAUUGAGUCAAUGGCAGCGUUUUCGUCGGAGAAGGAGCUGUUAGCAAGUCUAGAGAUCGAGGAUGAGGAAGAGAAAACUUGGAGAUUGACAGCGAUACCGGAGCGGGAUGAAUUGUUCAAUCGCUUAAUCUCGAUUGGCAAUCAGAGAUGGGAAAACUUGUGA